AUGCCGAAGUUUAACCCACCAGCGAGUUUCAACUUUAGUAAUCCGAGUGAAUGGCCGGAUUGGAAACAAAGGUUUGAACGCAAUAGAAUAGCAACAAAAUUACACAAAGACGACGAAGAUAUACAAGUAAACUGUUUGAUAUAUGCGAUGGGGAAAGAAGCAGAGCAUAUUUUCAAGUCGCUUACGUUUGAUGAUGAGGGAGACAAGAAAAAGUACUCGAAAGUGAUGAAGAAAUAUGACGAAUAUUUCGUCCCGAAGAAAAACGUCAUACACGAACGUGCACGAUUCAGAGAAAGAAAACAAGGGACUGGUGAGUCUUCAGAAGCAUUUAUUAGAGCUUUAUAUGAACUAGCAGAACAUUGUGAUUUCAAAGACAAAAACGAUCAGAUACGUGAUCAGAUUGUUAUUGGGCUAAAAGAUAAAGAAGUCUCUGAGAAGCUGCAGCUCAAAAGCACACUAACAUUAGAAGAGGCUAUACAGUAUUCACGUCAGACAGAAAUGGUAAAAAAGCAAAUCCAAGACCAAACUACACAGUUCAAAAGUCUGGAUGAAGUUAAAAGGUAUGGAAAGCAGUCACCUAAACAUUUCAUUGCUAAACAAGCACAUAGUCACAGGAAACCAAGUGUUCAACAGUGUGGUAGAUGUAACCGUAAGCAUGGACCCGAGGGAAGAUGUCCAGCCAUGGGUCAACGUUGUAAAGCUUGCCACAAAAUGAACCAUUUUGAAGUUUGUUGUCGCACCAAAAACACCAAAUCAGCACAUGCAGUGUUACAUGUUUAUGACUCAAACAAUGGAACACCUGAUGAAACAUUUCAUUUAGGAUCUGUAAACUGUGACCAAACAGAUGACCCUUGGACAGUGACCUUGAAAGUUUGUGACCUCCCAGUAAAUUUCAAGAUUGAUACAGGUGCCGACAUCACCAUUAUGUCAGAUGUAACUUUCAAUAGGAUUCUAUGUCCACCACAGCUGACAUCCGUGAAGUCCCUACUGCUGAGUCCUGGUGGAAAACUCAACUGUAGAGGGAAGUUUGUCGCAACCGUGGAGUUCAAAGGAAUUGACUACACCUUUAGCAUCUACGUGGUCGAAGGGCCUCAGACUAGUAACUUGCUGGCACGAAGUGUUGCUAACAAACUUAAACUUAUUUGCCGUGUUGACGAAGCUAGUGUGUUUGGCUCAUGUGGACUUGUCAAGUGUAACCCAAUGAAAAUAGCAUUGAAAGAAGAGGUAACACCUUACUGCUUGAGCACUGCUCGUCGUGUUCUAUUUCCCUUGCUACCCAAGGUAGAAGAAGAACUCUCAAGAAUGGAGGAAGAAGGCAUCAUACAAAAAGUAACUGAACCUACCGAAUGGUGUGCCCCCAUGGUACCUGUUGUGAAAAAGAAUGGGAAAAUCCGUAUUUGUGUGGAUUUAAAGAAACUGAAUGAAGCCGUUAAACGAGAGAACUUUAUGCUUCCUAACUUGGACGAUGUUUCACCAAAACUUGUUGGAGCAAAAUACUUUUCCAAACUUGACGCUUCUAGUGGAUUUUAUCAAGUGCCAUUGCAUGAAGACAGCUGGAAGCUUACUACAUUCAUAACCCCACUGGGCAGGUUUUGCUUCAAGAGAGUUCCAUUUGGGAUAACAUCUGCACCCGAGAUUUUUCAACGAGAGAUGUCAACCCUACUCCAUGGACUUGAGGGCACCGAGGUCAUCAUGGACGACAUAUUGAUAUAUGGAAAGACUCGUGAGGAACAUGACACUCGCCUGAAGAAAACGCUUGACAGGAUUCUAGAAUCUGGACUUAAACUUAACAAAGACAAGUGUGAAUUUGGGACAACACAGCUAGAAUACUUUGGACAUAUCAUCAGUGAGAAAGGCAUUAGUCCUAACCCGAAUAGAGUCAGAGCAAUCAAAGAGCUGGAUGCGCCAACUAAUGUGAAUGAACUGCGCAGGAUCAUCGGAAUGAUCAACUAUCUUGGACGGUUCCUGCCGGACCUGUCGACUAUCAUGAAACCCAUCACAAUCCUCCUAAAGUAA